AGCCAGCAUCUCCUCACGGCACAACAGCCAACUCUGGGAUACCACUCUCCAGCCCGUCUCCAUCGCUAAGGUUUCUGAAACAGCCAUGGCAGCAGUACCUGAGCUUUCCAAUGAAAUGGAUUACUACAGCAACAGUGAGAAUGACCUGUUCUUCGAGGCCAAUAGCCCAAAACAGAUGAAGCACUGCUUCCAAGACCCAGACCUCAUUUCUCAGGAAGAUGAUGGCAUCCAGCUCCAAGUCUCCCACAGGUUCUACAACAAGAAGUUCAGGCAGGUGGUGUCGAUCAUUGUGACUAUGGAGAAGCUGCGGAACAUGCUCGUUCCUGACUCACUGACCUUCCAGGAUGGCAACCUCCGGAGCCUCUUUUCCUUCAUCUUUGAGGAAGAACCCAUCAUCUGGGUUGAUGACAAUUUUGAGUGUGACGCACCCCCAAGAUGGCUGAACUGCAGGCUCCAGGACAUAGAACAGAAGAGCCUGGUGCUGUCUGAUGCGUGUCAGCUGUACGCACUCCACCUUACAGGAGAGUCUCUGAACCGGCAAGUGGUGUUCUGCAUGAGCUAUGUGCAAGGAGAAGAAACUGAUGACAAGAUACCCGUGGCCUUGGGCCUCAAGGAUAAGAAUAUGUACCUGUCAUGUGUGAUGAAAGACGGAAAGCCCACCCUGCAGCUGGAGGUGGUAGACCCCAAAAGCUACCCAAAGAGGAAGAUGGAAGAAAGAUUUGUCUUCAAUAAAACAGCAGUCAAGGAGCAUUUUGAAUUUGAGUCUGCCCAGUUCCCUAACUGGUACAUCAGCACCUCUCAAGCAGAACAAAUGCCCCUCUUUCUAGGCAAUACCAGAGGUAACCAGGAUAUAACUGACUUCUCCAUGGAAAUUCUCUCUCCUUAAAGAAACAAACAGAGAGUUUCCAUGUGCAGAAUGACUCAUGGGGCUCCAUAUGAAGAUGGCUGUAGGCUGAACAUGUCCAAUCAGUGCCCAGCCGGCAUCCCUGGACACCAGGGAUGAAGAAAGCCCCCUUACUCCCAGGCCAAUCUCAGACACCCCCACCUCUGCUGAGCCAAGCUGCUCUUGCUUCUCCUACUCACGCUAAGUCAGCCAGGCAGGAACCGCUGCACAUGAGAUGCAAAGAAACCCUCUGUCUUUUGUUCCCUGUUUCUGGGACCACUUAACUAUUUAUUUAUUUAUUUAUGGAGGGGUUAGUCUAUUUAAUUUAACUCAAUAGGCAGCAGUGUCUGUGAAAGAACCCAGUCUUCACUGUCUAUGAAUUCAACUUUAUUUGGACUAGUGUGUCAUCUUUAUAUCUUUAUUUCACCAAGACUGAAAACUGAUAAACUCAGAUA